AUGGCACCAUCAGCUACCGAAAGCAACACCCCAACCACAGUCCCCGAGGGGAAACUCAAGGCCGAGAAGCCAUGGGUGAAAAGUACGGGGGUAUUAGAUCAAUUUGAAAGCUUUGAAACAACUCCUAUUAUUGGGCGAGAGUUUCCCCGCGCAAGUCUCGUUUCGUGGCUUCAAGCUCCCAACUCUGAUGAAUUGCUUCGGGAACUUGCACUCACUAUCUCCCAGCGAGGGGUGGUUUUCUUCCGUGCUCAGAACGACUUAACAGCCGACCUCCAGAAGAAGCUUGUUCAGCAGCUGGGUCUUUUGUCGGGGAAGCCGGAAACUUCUGGGCUGCACAUCCAUCCGAUCUUGAACUCGGAGCGUGAGAACUAUCGGGUUUCCGAUCCAGAAAUCAGCACUAUUGAUUCGGUGUUGGCCAAAAAGCUAUAUCUGAACACAAAAUUCGACAGCGCGCACAAAAAAAAGCAGAACUCUGGAGCUUGGCACUCCGACAUUGCUUUCGAGCCUAAGCCAGCUGACUAUUCAUCUCUGAGACUAGAAGUCCUGCCAGAGACAGGGGGCGAUACACUCUGGGCUUCUGGAUACGAGAUCUAUGAUCGUCUGUCCACGCCGUACCAGAAGUUCCUCGAAGGUCUGACGGGCACAUUUUCACAGCCCGGAUUUAUUGAAGCAGCCAAGAAAGGAGGGUUCGAGAUUUACGAAAAGCCUCGUGGAGCACCGGAGAAUAUCGGCCGAGAGCUCACGGCAGUGCAUCCUGUCGUCCGCACGAAUCCGGUGACUGGCUGGAAGUCUAUUUUCCCAAUUGGCGGGCAUAUUUCACAUAUCAAUGAUAUUACCGACUUAGAGAGCAAGGCACUAUUAAAGUGGUUUGUUCGGCUUCUGGUGGACAACCACGAUCUCCAAGUGAGAUUCAAGUGGCAGAAUGUUAACGACAUUGCCAUUUGGGACAACCGUUCCACUUUCCAUACUGCGACCGAUGACAUUGAGGGGUAUGGGGAAAGAUACGGGGUGCGAACUGUAAGUAUAGGCGAGGCACCAUACUUUGACCCUGACAGCAAGAGCAGAAGGGAGGAUUUGGCGAGUAGAGCUGAAACGAGCACUUGA